AUGGCUUGUCGCAUGUGGAUAGAAGGUUUGAAUCCCUUCCAAGCUGAUGCAAACACGUCGCUCAAAGAAAUCGACUUAUGCACCCUGCUUGGAGUGGAAACAAUUUCAUCAAGAAUGCUCGUCAGGUUCGGUCCAUUGUAUGCCUUUAUCGCACUGGAGAAAACAUUGUACACUUUCAGUGUUGUGAUUGAUCAUCGCAAAACUAAAACUUUUGAUGCUGACAUCGUUUCACUGGCCGCCAACAGUAAGCACUGUUUGGUACUGUUAUCCUCCGGACGAUUAUUCAGGUACAAUCCUCUCGAAGAUCGUUUGAUGCCCUUAGAGUUUCUCGGUGUUGAAAGGGUCAAGGACGAUCAAGCGAUCGAAUCGAUAACACAUCUGGCCGGUGGAGAGUGCGUCACAGUGGCAUGCACUUCGCUGAACGCCGUGUAUAAUAUCCCCAACAAAACGGUCACCAUGCCAAAGCACGUGCGCAUACGAAAGGUGGUAGCCGGUUUCGAACACUGUCUUCUACUCACCACCAACGGGGAUGUCUACAGCUGGGGGGGUGGAUUGCGCGGUCAACUUGGUAAUGGUGAAAUAGUAGCACCCCAAGAUACGCCGCAACUCGUUGAACCGCUCGCCGGGGUGAAGAUAGUGGAUAUCGCUGCCGAUGGGUGGCACUCGGCGGCAGUGUCCUCGUUCGGAGAUCUCUACACGUGGGGCUGGAACAAUCAGGGUCAGCUCGGUUUGUUGGAUCCAAAGCAUGACGGCCAUGUGGUGACCCAACCGCAGUUGGUCACUUUUCCGGACGGGGCUGAACUGACGGUGGAAAGGGUGCACUGCGGUAUUGGACACACCGUGGUGGAGGCGACGUAUGUAGACGGCGGUACUAGAGAUGUGCUAAUUGCUGGUUGGAAUUUGGUGGCGCGUUUCGAUUAUCAACGACCGACGCAUCGGCCGAAGUUUACCGGCUUCCGGAAGCUGAAUCUACCCGACAAAGCCGAAAGAUCUUCGCUCGCAGUAGGGGCGGGAGCAAACCAGAUUUACUUCCUGCAUCAAGCCAAAGCCGAAUAA